AUGUCAAAACAAGCAGCCAAAAAUAUUUUGGUCAAGCUCAUAGUGGGAGCGGGCCAGGCGUCGCCACAGCCACCUGUUGGUCCUGCUCUUGGUUCGAAAGGUGUCAAGGCCAUUGACUUUUGUAAAGACUUCAAUGCACGGACGGCCCAUUUGAAUCCUGGCACUCCCGUGCCUGCUAUUAUCACAGUCAAACCAGACAGAAGUUUCACAUACGAGAUCAAGAGCCCGCCUACCGCGUGGCUGCUUAUGAAAGCCGCUGGUAUCGAUAAAGGCACUCCUGAAGCCGGCAAGAAGACCGUGGGUACUGUGUCGCUCAAACACAUCUACGAAAUCGCCAAAAUCAAGAAAACUGUAAGUUCCUUCUCUCAUCGCUUGAGCUGA